UCUGUGUGUUACGUUUAGGGAAGUUGCACAAUUUCGGAAAACACAGGUUACUUGUGUGUUUGUGUGAAAUCAGUAAACCAGUGGAGGAGAGUAAACAUAAGAUGUGUGUCGGUUGUUGAACAUGUCGGUGUGACUGCAGGAUCAACUUUGGUCGGUACUGUAUCUCGCACCAUGAAUAACACGGUAACUUCCGCUACUUACCUCCGGAACAUGAGCUACAGUUCCCGGCGCAGGUUGUCGGACUUCCUGGAUCCUCAGGACAGGUGGAGAGACGUGGCGAUGUCCAUACGGAAGCCGAGCGGUGACAUGCGGUACUCACAGCAACACAUCUGGAGGUUCCAGAGCCUGGUUGCUCAGGGCAGGAGUCCCACAGAGGAGCUGUUGAAUGACUGGGGAACCACCAACUGCACAGUGGGGGAACUCGUGGACAUUCUGAAGAGUCACAGGUUACUGGCUGCUGCUUCUGUUCUACUUCCUGUGGAGGAGGCCUCUUCAGAAGAGCUGCAGCCAGCGUCUCCUCCAGCAGCACAAACAGAGAGUGAGGCUCCGACCAGACUCCUGGAGGAGAGACAGACUCAGUCGUCCCAUGUCAGCUCCAGUCAACAGCCAAAGACUCUGCGGGAGAGCAGUGAACCUCAGGACACAGUCUAUGGUCCCUCCUCAGGUUUCUCCAGCUUCUUGUACAGUGAGCUGAUGGAGAUCACCAGCAACUUUGACGACCGUCCCAUGUCAGACGGCGGCAGCAGACUCGGAGAGGGAGGCUUCGGCACCGUGUACAAAGGACUCCUGAACGACAAACCUGUCGCAGUGAAAAAGUUGAAUCCAAUGGACAACACUUCGCUGGACGAGCUGCAGGCUCAGUUCUAUCAGGAGAUCCAAACUCUGAAAGUGUUGAAACACGAGAACUUGGUUGACAUGGUUGGGUUUUCCUGUGACGGACAGCACCCGUGUUUGGUGUACGCCUUCAUGGCCAAUGGAUCUUUGCUUGACCGACUUGCGUGCUUGAAUGAUAGUCCUCCACUGUCCUGGCGACAGAGAUGUGUGAUAGCAGAGGGGACGGCAAGAGGCCUGGAGUAUCUGCACAGUAACCAUCAUGUGCACAGAGAUGUUAAGAGUGCAAAUAUUCUGUUAGAUGUUAAUCUAGUGGCGAAGAUCUCAGACUUUGGUCUGACGAGAGCAUCAGACAAAUUGACGACCAUGAUGACGGACAGGGUCGUGGGGACCCGAGCAUACAUGGCGCCAGAGGCCCUCAGAGGAGAGAUCACACCAAAAUCUGAUGUCUUCAGCUUUGGAGUGGUGUUGCUGGAAAUAUUGUCUGGACUCCCGCCAGCCUGUGAUAACCAGGAGCAACAGUUCUUGAUGGAGAUUAGGUAUGAUAUAGACGACGAAGACGAGGACCUGACUCUGGAGGACAUUAUAGACAAAAAGAUGAGAGACUGGGAGCUGAGUCAGGUGGAGAACAUCUACUCUCUGGCCUGUAACUGCCUCCAUGAGAGGAAAAACAGACGACCACUCAUCAAUCAGGUGCUGUCAGAGCUCAAAGGGGUCGUUGAAAGCAUGUCACUGGAUUGUCAGGCAUAGCAUCACACAGAAGAUACAAGAUGUGAAAACCUGCCCCACUCAUUCAAUGCGGAAGAAAUGUUUCUUAAACAGAUUUCAAUUGUUUUUUGAUAAUUAUGACUGACAAAAUAUGUUUGCAUCAAUGUAUAUUUUGAAAGUAAUGUCAUCCUUUUUCCCUUUUUAUAAUAUACUAUAUUUCUGGUGAGCUCAGUUAAAACAGUUGUGCCAGUGCGACUGCUACAGAAGUAUCGCAGUACAAUGUACUAGAAUUGAGCAUAAGAUAUCAUAAGGUUUGGUGGCUCAAUACAUUUCCUGCCAUUGUCUCUCUUAUGUAUUUACUGUAAAAAGGAAUAAAAUGAAU